AUGACUCUCGCACCUGUCCGAGCAUUACGAUCAAUCACUACCCCUUCCAACAUCAUCUCGACUUUCAAUAAAAGAGCUAUGUCAACCUCUAAUGCGACCACUGCCGCUGCUCAGCACUCCCGCACUGUCGUCAAGUCCGUAUAUGCCGUCGAGACCGCCGAAGGGGCCGGUGCGACCGUGCGGCGGAGUAUUGGAACUGCGGCGCUUCGGAAUCUCUCUCCCUUCCUCAUGCUGGACAACUUCACGGUCAACCCAGGCGCUGGCUUCCCUGAUCAUCCUCAUCGAGGGAUGUCAACGGUCACGUAUAUGACCGGAGGCUCGAAUCGGCACGAAGACUUCAUGGGCAACGCGGGUCUGCUCGAGACUGGGGACGUCCAGUGGAUGACUGCCGGGCGGGGGAUCGUACACGCCGAGAUGCCGUCCUUUGAUGAAGAUCCGGCCAAGGUGGAGCCUGCUGUGGGGAUACAGCUUUGGGUGGAUCUGCCGGCGAAGGAUAAGAUGUGCGAGCCGACUUAUCAGGAGAAGAAGGCAAAAGACAUCGAUACCAUCCACCCACAAGACGGCGUCUCGGUCACCAUAAUUUCGGGUGAAUCACACGGUACGACCGGCUUCGUCAGGCCUGUAGGCGGGUGUUGGUUCUUUGACUACAAGCUGUCCAAGCCAGGAGUGGAGGUGUUCCAGCCUUUGCCAGAAGGAUGGACUGGAUUCGUCUACCUCAUCAAAGGCGCCCUCCAGAUCGACUCCGAUCCCACUAUCCACCCCAAAUUCCACACCCUCGUCCUCUCCACCCAGCCCGGCCAGACCGGGGUUCGUCUUCGUCGACCAGACCACCUUGACGCUCCGGAAGACACUCACUUCAUCCUCGUCGCUGGCGAGCCGCUCGACCAGCCGGUCGUGCAGUAUGGUCCGUUUGUCGUCACUUCCGAGAGGCAGGUGCGGGAGGCUGUGAUGGACUAUAGGACGGGCAAGAAUGGGUUCGAGAGGGCGGUGGGGUGGCAGAGCGAGAUUGGACAGGCUAUGCGGGGAUAA